ACAAAUACCCGGCAGUGCCUCGCGCGCCGCCACACGACACGCACUGAACACCUAGAAGACGCCCGAGACGCCACCAAUGGCCGACUUCUUCGUCAAGAAAUACAUUGUGACGACAGAAAGAUCGGGAGAUCUUCAUGUAUAUGUUCAGGGUGAUCUCAACCAGCAGGCAAAGAAAGCAGUAUUUCUUACUGUGCACGACUUAGGAUGCAACCAUACAUCAUUCCAUGAUUUUGUCAACCAUCCCUGUAUGAGUGAGAUCAAGGAAAGAUCAGUUUUCAUACAUAUUGAUGUGCCAGGACAUGAAGACAAUGCGCCCAACCUACCAGAAGGGUUUCAGUUCCCAUCACUCCAGCAAUUGGGAGAGGAUCUUGUCACUGUACUUGACUUCUUACAUGUCAAAUAUGUCAUUGGUCUUGGAGAAGGUGCAGGUGCUAAUGUGCUUGCAAGAUUUGGGCUGGCCUACCCAGCAAGAGCAUUGGGACUCAUUCUGAUUAACUGCACAGGGAGUGCUGCAUCUGUGCUUGACAACUUCAAGAAUAAGUUUGUCAAUUGGAAGGGGGAUGCUGGAGUGAGUCAGUCUGCUGAAGAGUAUCUGAUAUUCCACAAAUUUGGACAUCAAUUGGUUAAUGAAACAAACCCAGACAAGGAAAAAGUUAUGCAAGAAUUUCAAGCUCGUCUGCGAGGGACCAUCAAUAACAAAAAUCUGAAGCUCUACGUAAAUGCAUUUUUGGGGCGCAAAGACCUACCUUUGAAAAACUGCCAAACAGAUGUUUUGCUUAUCACAGGCAUGUUAAGCUCUUAUGCUUCAGUUGUUGAGAAACUACACAGAGACCUUGACAAAGCAAAAGCCACACUUCUUAAAGUGGAAAGAGCUGGAGAUGUUCUACUGGAAGCUCCUCACAAAGUAGCACAGAGCAUCUUGCUGUUUUGCAAAGGUCAAGGAUUACUGACUUCUAUUACUCUGCCUGGGGUUGAAAGACAGCGAGCAUUUUCUGGAGGAUCAUUUGAUGGGGAAGGGCGUCCAAGGAGACUUUCAAGAGGAAUGAGCAUGGAGGAGUAUGACAAACCGAAUAUUCGGCGUCUGUCAAUUACCAUUAGCAAUGAUACAAUGCCGAACAAGCACAACUAAAUACUUCUCUGCAUGUAAGAUGCUGAAAGUAUUUAAACAUGCCCCAAACAGGCUGCCAUCAAGUUUAAAAUCGGAAGCAAUUUUUUUUGUAUCUGAAAAUGAAGUAAUAGAGGAUGGAAAAUAUAUUUCUACUGUGUUUUCAAAUCACAUCACACCAGUUAAAUUUCUUUAGUGAAAUCUGUGUUUUCAAUGUGUUGGUGGCAAGACAUUUCAAUGGGGAAAAUGCAUCACUUUGCCUUGAAUGUGUAGCUAUGACUGGUGCAAUGCUAUGUCAUUUGUUUCUUAAUUUCUGAGAGCAAGCACUGACAUAAAAAUAGAGGUACCUGGUGUGUAUUUAGGUAAACUAACUGUUUAUCUGUAUAAAUAGUAUUUUCAUAAGAUGUUUUUUUUUCUUUUUUAAACUGUAGCUGUAAGGAAGUUUUAGGAGACACAGAAAGACAUAUACAAGUAUAUAGAUAUACACAAUAAAGCUAGAUUUCAUAAUGCCACUUGGAACAGCAAACUGUAUUAUAUCAUUUACAACAUUUCUGCAUACCUGCUAUAACUUGAAACAUCCAUGUACUGAGACAAUCAGAUUGUUUGCUGAAAGCCAGGGUUAUUGGCAGAUUUUGUAAAAAACUGUGAUUCAGUUUUCAGCACUCAAAAAAGGCAUAUUAUUAAUGAUGUCACCAUUUGUUGCAGUGUUAAGCUACAAUAAAUUAAAAUGAUGGACCAGUUUUACUCUUGAUACACCAGGAUAGAUCCUUCCGCUUUAUGUUUGUUUGAUAAUGUAUCUGCUUAUAAAAAUGUGGGUAUUAUAUAUCAUAAUUGCUUUUAGUUGUACUGUAGAGUACAAAUCAAAAUAUAAGUAGAUUGGGUAACUUUUGUACAAGAAGUGUAAGCUAAGGCUGAAGGAAUACUAAAUACAUUCUAUCAGAUAUUAUUGCAACUGUGUUGGUCCUUUUUUGUAGAAAUUUGCUUAAAUGAGCUUGUUUCAGUGUUCAUUAAAUUAUUUCUUUUUCAUAAAUUUCUACUCAAACCAAUAUUCAUUCUACACUUUUGUUUCAUGUUCCACCUAAGGAUAAAACAAUUGUUUAAAUUAUGGUAAGGAAACUGAAUCCUGAAUUACCAAUUUUGUUUCUCAGUAACAAUGCAAAUGAGCACAGCGGUAUUCCACAAUCUGAAGUAAUGCAUAAGUGCCAUUAUUAAUAGGACUGAUCAUAAGUUUCAUGAUAUUACGUUUUAUAACAGUCUGUUAGAACUGGAUUACUUUCUUCUCUUGUAUUACUUUUGAGAAGCAGUAAAAGCUAAUGCAACCUUAUUGUAUCAUAAUUGAUUAUUGUAUUUUGUUGUACAUUUGUAGUUCACAGACUUCAAAAUGUGUGAAAAAAAGUUUCAUAGUACAAAUGUAACUCAAGCAAGUAUUUAUAUUGCCAAAUGUAACACAAUAUUAAUUAGACUGUGCCAAGAAACCUUGUUGAAAGACACCCAUGCAGCUGUGAACUGCAAGUGUCAUAGUAAAUUAAUCCGUUCUGUAUAUGUCAACGGCAAUAAAUAUAGAAAACAUUUUACAAGAUGUAAAACCUGUGUCAUAUAACAGGUAGAUAAUACUGAGGUCAAACUUUAGUGUGGUAUGUUUCUGUAAAUAGAGAUGCUUCAACAAUGAACCAAAGAAUAUGGAAAUAAAUUUUAUUGAAACAAAA